AUUAUAUUUAAAAUCGAAUGGCAAAAGCAGCAAAAGACACUAGACCAAUUGCAGACUAAGCUACUUCAGAGACUGCAUGCACUUAUGCUGCUCUCAUCUUGUAUGAAGAUAAUCAAGAUGUACAUGAAUCUAUCUAAUCAGAUCGAUUCAACUAAAUUAGCUAAGAUCAUUAGGGCAGCUAAUUUGAGAGUUGAACCAAUUUGGACAAAGGUUUUUGAAAAGGCAUUGAAAGGCAAAAAAGUUGGUGAUUUAUUACAUGGAAGCAGUGGAAAUACAGGAAGCACGCCAGCAGCAUAAACUACAGCAACACCAGCUGCAGCAGAAACUAAGAAAGCUGAACCUGUAAAGGAGGUUAAGAAGGCUGAAGAACCAGAAGAAGAUGUUGAUAUGGGAGGUUUAUUUGAUUGAAAAUUAAUUCAAAAUCGUAC